AUGGGGUUUGAAAAUAUUUCAUCAAUUGUAACAUUAAUGAGCUUUGGAACCAUGAGAGUAUGUCUAUCGUUUUUUUAUAAUUCAAACUUUGAAUCAUUAAAGGUAAAUAUAAACACUAUUUCUUAUAUAAAAGAACAUGUAGUUGCAACAAUAACCAAUAAUAAUUUUAGUGGUAGUAAUAAAGAUAAACAAAAAACAUUUCAAAUUAAUUAUCAGAGACCUGUUGUAAGCACAGAAAUAGACAAUAAUCGUAGUAGUAAUAAUGAUAAACAAAAAACAGCUAUGAGCGAUGGUGGCACAAAAUUUUUUGGUACCACUCAAAGAACUGAACACAAUAGUAAUUACAAUAAUAAGUUCUUUUAA